AAUAAAGCACUUGUCGUUGGUGAGCAUUUAAUGGCAGAGUGGGGUAACUCCGGUAGUAACAGCUCAUUUGAUUGGAUAACGUGAGAGCGGCGUCUGCCUAAAACCAGUCACUCAAUCCUUCUAACACUACGACAUCAUACUGAUUAUAGAAAACGCGCGCGCGAUCUCACCCUUUUAAAACUUAGUAGCAACGCACAAUUUGAAACAAAUAUGUAAAUAAUUUAACGCGAAUUAAAAAAAAACUAUUUGUGCCUUAUAGUGUGAUUAUGAGGAAAUAAUUUUUUUAGUAAAAUGAAAAACAUAGCAGUGAUAGUUAUUUGCUGUUUGAUAGUGAGGACUAGUUGUUUCGACCAUUAUGAAAAUGAAGUGGAAACAAGAUGUAUCGAAGAUUGUCCACUACAAGAUCAGAACCGGACGGAUAAAGGCCAUUAUGGCUACGCCUGUGAUCACAAUUGCAGUAUAGAACACUGUCUGAAAGGAUGCAAAAUAUGGAAAAAAGCACUCGCGACAACCUGCAGGGAAUCUUGCAACUCCACCGCGGAGCGCCCCAAUCCCAAGGAACUCUACUGCGUAAUAGGAUGUAACGACGCCAUGACGAAGUACUUCACCAAAUUGCGUAAACUACUCGGAACGCCUCCGGCUCCCGCUCUCCUCGCCGAUUCCCUCAAACCGGAUUCCCUGAAGUUGGAAUGGAAUUUUCCGCAAAUCGAAACGUCGGGUCUCACUUAUCUCCUCCAAUGGCAAUACGAGGAGUUCGUCACGUCGAAAUCGUCGUGGCAGUAUUGCAGGAACACGACGUGGGAUCCGGAAAUGAACGUUUUCUUCGUACGCGAUUUACAACCCUAUACCAAAUACAGGUUUCGUAUAGCGAUAAUUCACGAUUCUAAUGAGGGGAGACAUUUUGGGGAUUUGGUGGUAUCGGGCGAGAGCGUGGUGAUUAUAACGACGGCCGGCGGUCCGCCGGCAUCGCCGCCGCAGAAUGUACGCGCUAUUCCAGUGGAUUCGUCAAGUAUAAGCAUCAGCUGGGAACCCGGUCCCUUCCCGCACGGCCCUCUCCUAUCCUACGUUCUCAAUAUCACCGAUAAUCAUCGAUCGGAAGUCAAGGAUAUUCCUCCUGACAAAUCUGAUAUCGUAGUAGGAGAUUUGAAAGCACUAAAUGAUUAUUCCGUUGAACUGAGAAUGAGAAACAAAAACGGUUCCGGACCGCCUGCCACUACUAUGGUGUCUACUCCCGCGGAAAGGCCAAUAACAAAUGUCACCAAACCGCCAUUAAUAUUAGCUACAAAUUCGACUAUUUUGGAAUUAAAUAUUCUUUCUAUGGACGAAGAACCUAAAGUGUUGUAUAAAAGUAAUAUCGAACUGAAAGGUAUCGGAUUUCAUUAUAACAAAAAACUUCUUUUCGUUACCGAUAGCGAUGGAUUCGUCUCGAAAAUUCCAUUAUAUCAGAAUUCCCCAAUUAAUUUUAAUGAUCCGUAUAAAAAAAAUUUUGUUAAAAUAGAUAUUUUGGAACCGCAAAAUUUGGAUUUCAAACCACUAGACGUUACUGUCGAUUGGUUGAAUGACCAAUUGUACAUUCUGGGCGAAAUUAAAUUCAAUACAGCUUAUAUUAUAAAAAGGUGUAAUUUAGAUGGUAGCGGCUUGAUGGUAGUUUAUGCCGGUCUAAGUCAAAAACCGUCUUCACUGCAGAUUGAUCCCUUGAACGGAUAUUUAUUUUGGGUGAUACAAGAUUAUAAUAAUGGUGGUUUUUUUCGUCUCGACAUCAACGACGUCGGUAAUGGUAUACCGGCAGAUAAAAAAAUAAAAAAAAUAUUAAACGAAACUGAACUAGGAGCUUUUACUUUCGAAUAUCACAAUUUCAACGUUCUAGUUUCUUAUCAAAGAUUGAAUACGAUAAUGUCGGUAACUUUAGACGGUAACGAAAUUAAAAAUAUCAGAACGACAGUGGCGACUCCUAAAUUAUCUAAAGUAGUAUCGUUAAGUAUGGAAAAUAAAUUGUUUUAUUGGACAGACGGAGCAGUGGUAUAUUUCGAAGAUUACAACGAAUACAGCAAAAGCUAUUAUCACAACGCUCUCGUUAUCAAUAACGGUUAUUAUAAAAAACUUUUUAUCAAUUCUCAAAGUUCUCAACCCUGGCCGACUCCCAUCAACCCCCCUACCAACGUCCAAGCCAUUUUCGGAAGGGAUAUCGCGAAAACAAGAUGGCAACCGCCGCAUUUGGUCGGUCUUCAAGGAAAGGGCGCUUGGCAAAAUUGGUCUUACGAAAUAUCUGUAAGGGAAGCGAAUACGGACAACACCAUCGUCCACAGGAACAUAAACAAUACGAUUUUUACCGUAACUAACCUCAAGGAAAACAGGGAAUACAUUUUAAAAGUAGCCGCGUACACCAAUUCUGGUAAAGGACCGUGGUCUUCGGACUUUCGAGGCAUAACCUUAAAUUCGUCCAAAAGUCCGGUUCUGUUGUGGUCGGCGUCGGAGGGGCUUCUUCGGACCAACGCGGCCGGUGAAAAUUUGGAAAUACUGAUGGAUAAGAGUAGAUUGAGGGAUUACCAUUAUACCGAUAUCGCUUGGUACAAAGAUCAAAUUUACAUGGUUGCCAAUUCUUCUUUCGUUUAUUGGUAUAAUACGACGUCGAGGAGAUACGGUCGAUUGACGGAUCUGGAUUCCGUCGGUAGUAUAGCCGUCGAUUGGAUCGGGAUGAAGCUUUAUUGGUCGAAUCCGAAACAACAAUUGAUUUUACGUGGGAAUUUGAAUGGUACCGCACACGAACCACUACUGACAGUCUUAGCCAAAGAACUGAACAUCGAUUCGGUGAAGGCGUACCUCUAUUGGUCGACAGGGAUCAAAGUCGAAUGCGCGCAUCUAAACGGAGUCGAUAGAUUUGAAUACCACGACGUGCAAUAUUUUUCCGGCAAACAAGUUAUGGGUUUAACGUUGGAUUUCGAAGAAAAAUACGUGUAUUGGAUAGUGAGAGGAUCGGAGGGUUCGAAUUUGUACAAAGCUCGAAUGAUGGGUCAUUGGGAAAACGAAAUACCGGAAGUAGAAAAAAUUUCCAGUUUACAAAAACCUAAUAUACAAGGCUCGCUAUGUUAUUUCCACAAGCGUUUAUUGUGGUUGCAAGACGAUAAAAAUGCUGCAAUCAGCGAUUUGUCCGGCAAAAAUAUCGCUUCCAUUAACGGAAAAUAUCUACAAGGACUAAAUAUGGUUUACGUUGUGGAUACUUCUUUAUUAAUGUUACCGGAUCCGUGGCUUCAGUUGAACGUUAUACCUGAAAUGGUGGAAAGUAAAUCGGUUCGGGUGGACGGUUCCUGCGAUUCUUUCAACAUAACUUGGGAUCCUGUGACAAACGUAAAUUACGGGACGGUUUUCUACGAAAUACAAAUCGUCAAUAGGACGAAGAUUGACGACGUAACGAUAAUAACGACAAUACCGACAGUAAAAUGCUGGUUAGAAGUCACCCCUUUCACUCCGAUAAACGUCACAGUGAGAUCUUUCACUUAUUGGGCGUCAUCUCCCGUACUACACACCACGGUCAUCUCGCCGUCCUCGACACCCUCCGCCCCUCUAAACCUCAGAACUUUCGUCGAAUACGACGUUCAUUUCGCGACGAUCAUCAUCAGAUGGGAUCCCCCCUUAAACCCCAACGGUAUCCUACAAGGUUACAAAUUGAGAUGUUUGUGGUACGUGGAGAAUAACGUCGAAAUGGAUUUAUGCGACAACGUCAUCAAAAGAAACAACGAAACCGAAUAUAGGUUAGAAAUGGUCGGUAAUUCCGGAGAAUAUCACUUUGAGGUUCAGGCGUUUACGAAAAUCGGUCUCGGAGUUAAAUCUCCGCCAGUAUCUGUGAAUACGGCUUCGGAACGUCCGGUACCGAUGAUUCUAAUGGCAUCGGGAACUUCCAUAUUUUUAGACGACGUCGAUUUGAAUAAGACGAAACGUUUGAUUGACGACAUCGCCGAACCGAAACACGUCACUUACUUAAUAAAAGAAAAAAAAAUCUUUUGGUCGGACAAAAAAGGCGAGAUGUACGAAUUGAACACGUCUAACGGUACCCAAACGAAAUUAUUCGAAUUUCGCGCCGAUAUCGACGAUCUAACUAUCGAUUGGAUCGGUAGAAAUUUGUACUACGUUCGAUUAAUCGAAGAUACCAAUCGAUCGGCGGUGUAUCGAUUAGAUUUAAAUCGAAAUCCGUUAGAAAGUAUAGAGAUUUUCCGUAGUAAUAAUGGAAUUAUCAAAAAAAUCAAAAUAUCACCUUUCUCGAAAAAAAUCUAUUGGGUCGAGGAAGCGAAAAAAUCGAAAUUCGAACUAAUGCAAAGCGACUUAUCCGGAAAAAAUCCGCAAAAAUUUUUCAAUGAUAAUCGAAAAAGAAUCGAUUGUUUAUUCGGAACGGAAAUCGAUUAUAAUUUCACAAUCGAUCAUUCGGAUAUAAAAAUUCGACCUAAAAUAAUUUUUUCCGAUAUUUAUAGUGAAAAUGUCGUUUGGUUCGAUGAAAAAUCCGAAAAUUGCGGUUCGUUAAUCGAAUCGGAUAAAAUCGGGGGUUUUCCGUUGGAAAAUCUCGAAAGCGAUCUCGUAGUUUCGUAUUGGACGCGAGGCGGUUACUUUUACGCCUUCGAUAGACAAGAAAACAAAUUAUUUACCAAACAGAUCGACGUUUCCGAUUUGAUUGUAUACGGAAAACACGUUCAACCCUACCCACCGGUCCGUUGUCUAAGCCCUAAACAACACAACAACUACACCCUCGCUCUGAAUUCGAAAACUUCCGAUUCAUUGGUAUUAGAAAUGCCGGAAAUCGCUUCGAACGAGGAUUGUAUGGAUACGUCGAUGGCGAGCGUUAAAUAUUCCGUAUACUACAGCGUUUUUAACGAAAAUUACGAUUGUACCGAAUUUCGUAAUUGUUCGAUGAUAAACACUUUCGAUAAAAUAUUGACUAUCGAUCGAUUGAAACCUUACACCGAAUACGCGGUCAGAGUUUCGAUAAGUAAUUAUUAUAGUGUGAUGAACGACGUUAUUAUUGGACCGCCCGGUAUAUUCCGUACAGCGCCAGGAGUACCGACGAAACCUCGAAACGUCUCAGCCGCGGUUCUAAGUCCAAAUUUAGCUUCUAUUUCGUGGUUACCACCACAAGAACUGAACGGAAUAAUUGUUUAUUACGAAAUCCAUUAUCAAACCGAAAGUACACCGUUAGGAGUGAGACAAAAAGGAGAAUUAAGCGUCAACAGUUCCCAAGAACUAAAUGCUUACUUAACCACCUUAACCCCAAACGAAACUUACUCAAUUUGGGUUAGAAGCUACAGCGAAACCAAUGCUUCUUCUAGUGACAGCGAUAGGGUACAAAUAAUAACUUAUCCUGAACCUAACGUUUUAAUUUUGGAAAAUAAAACCGCUUACGACAUGGAGUUAUCUUGGGAAUUAACCGAACAUAUAAAAUCAUACCAAAUGGAAUAUUCCCUAUUACCAACGAACGAAUGGCAACAAAUCGACGAUUUUAAAAAAGAAAAUACCAGUAUUCACAUCAAAGUGAAUAACCUUCGACCUAAAACUCACUAUAAAUACAGAUUGAGACUUCUGUACGCAGGAAACGAUGAGGAAUACCUUUGGCCACGCGAUACCAGGUUUACUUUCGAGACGCUAGGCGACAGACCCAGUCCACCGGGAAUACCCAUUAUUCAAUACGUCAAACCAAAUAUUUACAAAGUCCUAUGGGAGGCUUCCAAAGACAACGGGGCGCCCAUUGAAAUGUACAAAUUGGAGGGGAAAAUAUUACGGUUUUACAGAACCAAACGAAAUACCAAUAGAACUACCCCCUUUUUCAAUACAUCCCCUUCUAUUGAACUAGAAGACCCCGAGCAAUGGAUUACUUAUUACAACGGAACCAAUACAUCUUGGAUCAUAGACGGUCUAAAUGAGAAAUAUAAAUACGCGUUUAGGGUGUCGUCUUUAAAUUCUUACGGUUGGAGUAACGUUAGUGAGGAAAGUAACGAAUUCGAUUUGACGGAGGCGGCGAGAAUGGCAGAAAAACAGAGCCCCAUGAAGCUGAUUUUGAUCGCUACUUUGGUACCGCUGUCGAUUUGUGUUUUCUUCAUUUUGGUUUUUGUUUAUCUAAUAUGUUCUGGUAAACGUAACAAACAUAAAAAAUUACAAGUAGUACCUUCAACUCCAAGACUUCCAGACGUGGAAUUGGCAAUACUAAGAGAAUUACCCAAAACCGGUGUACAUAAUACCAACAUUUUAUAUUUUUCUGCUCAACCUACCGCAGAAGAAUUACGACAUUUACCGCAAAUACGAAGGGAACAAAUAACAUUAACUAAAUUUUUGGGUAGCGGUGCAUUCGGUGAAGUAUUUGAAGGUAAAGCAAAAGGAAUCGACAACACAAACGGUGAUACGAGGGUUGCAGUGAAAACUUUAAAAAAAGGGGCGUCAGGUCAAGAAAAAUGCGAAUUUCUUCAAGAAGCUCAAUUAAUGAGCCAUUUCAAACACGAACACAUCCUAGAAUUACUCGGGGUGUGUUUAGACAACGAUCCCCAUUUUAUUAUAAUGGAACUAAUGGAAGGAGGAGAUUUAUUAACUUAUUUAAGGGAUUCUCGUAACCCUUCAACCUCAACUCCCUUUUUGACGCUUAUAGAAUUAAUUAAAAUGUGCGUAGACGUAUCGAAGGGUUGUAGAUAUUUGGAGGAGAUGCAUUUCGUUCAUAGAGAUUUGGCUUGCAGGAACUGUCUAGUUUCUUCCUACAAUGCAGAAACUAGAAUAGUCAAAAUUGGAGAUUUCGGUUUAGCUAGGGAUAUUUAUAAAAACGAUUAUUAUAGAAAAGAAGGCGAGGCUCUUCUACCAGUACGAUGGAUGGCACCGGAAUCUUUAACAGAUGGAGUUUUCACAAGUCAAUCUGACGUUUGGGCUUUCGGGGUGUUAUUAUGGGAAAUAAUGACUUUGGGUCAGCAACCGUAUCCUGCGAGGGCUAAUUUGGAAGUUUUGCACUACGUUAGAAGCGGAGGUAGAUUAGGGAAACCCAUAGAUUGCCCAGAUAAAUUGCAUAGUUUGAUGUUGAACUGUUGGGAAUUUGAAUCAGAUAAAAGACCCACGUUUAAAUAUUGUUACGAAGUUUUAGAAAAUCUACAUUUACAAACUUUACGUAACCCUACGACUGCUGCCCAUGAAGGGCAAUACAUCAGCACUGUACCUGACCUGUUUGCCGGGAUAUCGAAUGAAGCUUAUUUUCGUGACGAAAAUCAUAACGGCUCAGGAAAUUCUUGGAAAAUCGAAAACGACGAAGAAACCAAAGAGAUAACUCCGUUUUUGGAUAAAGACGAUGCAAUACAGGUACCGAAAUAUCUGGAAGUUAUAUUGGGACCAGACGAUAUUUUGGAUAAUGAUGGUUACGAGAUACCGAAUCAGAUAUUAAGAACUUUAGAUCCCGAAAUACACUGAGGAUAAGUCGUAAUUAGUGAUUUAUUUAGUUUAAAAACCAAAUAGAAGUGCAGUUUCAUCAGAAUCGAUCAUAACUUUCGAUGGUACAUUUGAACUACUAUAUUAGGUUUUGUUGUUUUUCAAUUUUUUUUUCUAGUUUAGAGGAAUUUUUGGACUAGUUUGGUGUUAUUUUCAGCUUUUUUGCAAUUUUUGGAUGAAUUUCUAUUACUUUAUUGUACCUAAACUCGUUUUUUUUUAUCGAUUAGAGUGUAGAAUUUUAUUUUGCGGCUGUUUUAAGUCGCUUUCAAAACAGGAUGUAUUCGAAACUAUGAGAUUUUUAUUAAAGUCUGAUAAAAUGUAAUUUUUCCAAUUUCAGGUUUCUACUGUUUAGUUCUUUAUUCUAUUUCGUACCAUUUAUUCUAUCAAUUUUUAUAUAAUUAUUGUAAAAUAUAUCCCCAUUCUUUUAAUUAUUUGUUUACUAAGUUCUUUUUUUUUGCCAAGAAAAUCAUAUCAAUGAAUAUUUGUACAAAUAAUUAUAGUUUAAAAAAAAUUUCCUUAUUUUAAAUUAGAUCAAAUAUAUGUAGAAUUGUGAAAAGUAUUAAGCAACAUUAUUAAAACUGACAUUCUGUACUAUAUAUAUUUCCAAUCGUCAAUAAAGGCCAACACUAUUAUAUAUUGGGGUGUCAUAUACACCUCGACCCAAAGGAUCUAUUGUCUCCUCCUUUUUUGCAGUGAUACUGGGAAACCCAUCGUCAGCCAAUCUGUUAAUCCCACUCCUCUUGGAAAGUUUAGAAUGUGGGAUGACUUUAAUUGCCAGUGAUCUUCGUCUUCUAUUUCAUACGCUCUCAGGUGUAGUGCUCUGGACUUCUAUAGUGCUUCAUACUUCGAGAGAAUGUGGAUGGAGGUUUCAUCCUCUGUGCAAAACAAUCUGCCAGGACAUUGCCUAGUUCUGAUUUUUUUAUCCACAUUUUUUUAUCUUUUAGUCCUUAUUUGAUCCUUAUCAUACGUAAAUGUGCUUUUUAAGGUCCUAUCUGUUAUAGAAAUAUACAAUAUCAGUCUAAAAUAACUGAUACAUUCAGUUUUAUUUUGUUGAUAUCUAAUGGAUUCUAAUGUUUAUGUUUUACGUCGUUAUUCGUUGAUAGGUACAUUCUGAUAAUUUUUUGGGGUGUAUUUAUCAAUAUUUGUGAAAUUAACAGUGAAUUUGAUAUGAAUUUUACCAUUGGUUUCUAAAGAAACAACAAAAAAAUAACUGAAUUUAGUAUUCCGUUUUUGAAGGUUCUAUCUAUGUACAUUCUGCUAAUUUUGUGGUUAAAAACAAUUUCAGGCCAUAACGUUUUGUAAGUAUGAAAAUUUUUGUGUUUUUCAUAUAUUUUGACAAAAAUUUUGAAUAUCACGUCCUUGUAAGACUCUACAAAAAGAUCUCCACUACCUAUAGGUGUAGAAAAAAGAAUUUUCCACAAUAUGUAUAGAAAAUUAUGAAAAUAUUUUUAUAUGAAUGUUGCGUAAUACUUUUUGUAAAGUGCCUUUAUGUCAGUAUUUUUUCAUUAAAAUUGAUAUCAAUUUAAUAAUGAGAUUAUAUUUAUUGUACAUAUUUUGUAAAUAAUGAGAAUAUGUGAUUUUAAUAUGUUAAUAUUGUAAUUUCAUGUUAAUUUUCAAAUGAUUUAAAUAAACGUUUAAAAUCUU